GCUAUUAUGAAGUGGGCAAAGACUCAGAUGGGUCUUGGUGUCUACAAUAUAACGACGGCAGAGCAAUUAGAAGAAGUAUUCAUGUCCAAAUCCACAAUAGUUUUGGCAUUUCUUGACUCUUUACAGGGCCUGGAAACUGAGGAGCUUGUUGCCGCCUCGAAACUGCAUCCUGAUGUUAUAUUUUAUCAAACUGCUAGUGCUAAUCUUGCAAGGAGAUUUCAGCAUAACCCAGAAAUCAAAUGCCCUGCUCUAAUCUUGCUGGAAAAGGAGUCUCAACAUCUUAGCCACUUUAAUGGACCAUUCACCAAAUCAGAAAUAGCUUACUUCGUAUCCGUGAAUAAGAUUCCUCCAGUGAAUGCUUUUACUAUGGUAGAAUUUUCCCGUGAGUCCUCCACGAAACAGUCAUUUGGAAAUAAUUUCAUUGAAGACAAGCUUUCAGGCCAAGCUGUUACAAUUUCAGAGACAGAAUUCUUUCUGGCCAUUCGAAGAACAGUGACUAAAUUUGUUCUUUUGGAACUAUAAAUUGGCUGGAUUUAUUAGAAAAUAGUUUUCUUCUGAAAUACUUUUUGGUUGAAGUUAUUCAGAUUAAGA